AUGGACGUACAACAGGCAGUCUAUGGACCCUCCUUCAGACAGCCACAGCUUGUAACAACGAUGUGGAUGCUGAUCAUAGUCCUAGGUACGUGUGGAGGACGUGCCAUGGCCUGGACAUAUCAUUACUCCGAAAAGACCAUGAACUGGACCAUGGCAAGAGAGUGGUGUCGUAUGAACAACCACACAGACAUGAUGGCCAUCCAAAACCAGGAAGAGAAUAAUUACCUCCGCGACGUCUUGCCCGAUAGAACCGGGUCUCCAUAUUACUGGAUCGGAAUCACGAAGAUCAAUGAAAGCUGGACAUGGAUCGGAACCAAUGGAACGUGGGUUGGGAAUUAUUCCUGGGCACCCAACGAACCCAAUAACAUACUGGGUGAGGAGUGCGUGAGAUGUACGUCAACAAAGGGAACAGCGAGAAUCACGGGAAGUGGAACGAUGACAAGUGCUCAAAUCUCAAAUACUCGCUGUGCUACAGAGGUGAGGGACUCAACCAUUGUUGUAGUUUUUUUAAAGGCCACCAGUAAAUCAUUAGAUGAACGCUGUGUUGAGAUUGUGACACAUAUUACAGUAUGUAUAUUUCUGUAACAGAGCAGUGCAACCAAACAUCAUGCAAGGGACAAGGGAGAUGCUUGGAGACCAUCAACAACUUUACCUGUGUGUGUGAACCUGGGUUUGAGGGACACGGGUGCCAAACAGGUAAGGGGAAUCUGGGAAGCUGCUGUUCCCACCGUGUCACACUCACCUCUCCUUUAACCUAUGACCUUUUCUAAUGAGGGUCACUAUGGCUACAACAUCUGCAUUCCCCAAUUUCCUGCGUAGUACUUAAUUUAUGCAUCAGUCAUUAUGACAGGCCCCUAAUGUCCCCCACUGUUGUGCUGAAACCUGUCUUUGCCCCUAAAGCUAAGGGAUGUGACCCUUUCUGUCUACCUGAUGGGUUUGUGAACUGCUCUGCUGUCGACCUUACUGUGAACUCUACCUGCCGGUUGAGCUGUGAGAAGGGGAGUCUACUGCUGGGAUUACCAGAGGUCAGCUGUAGCAUGGACAGGGUCUGGACUGGGGUCCGCGGCGACGACGUCUGGAGCAGGAUCUGGUUAUGGAGCGGACGGAGGCCAGUUUGUGCAAGUAAUUAAAUCCCCGAUACCAUCUCUCAUCACGUACGGGUUACAGAACAAAGUUAUGGUUGCUAGGCUAGCUAGCUACACCUCUGGUGUCUCAGAGGAAGUGAGGCCCCCCACGGGGGGGCUGCAGAUGGAAAUUAAUUGUUAGCUAAAUCUUGUGCAACGCAUCACUGCUCAGUAUAUUGAGACUUGUCUUUUUGUUGUACAUACAUUGACCCUGUCCACAUAAAGUUACUAAAUAAUGCAAGUCAAGGCAGGCUGUUUGGAGUUUGAUAUACUGUAUAUACUGCAUUAUUACUGUAGGGGGGGGGGGGUAACCCAUCAACACUGCAACUGGGUCAUUUCCACAUGCAGUACCAUGUUGGACUGUAGCUGCUGGUUGACUGUGUGUUUCCUCAGGUUAUCAGCAUGUCCUAAUGGUUGUAGCUGCUGGUUCGAUGCUCUCAAUGUCCUGCUGCAUCUGCUGUUGUUUCAAUCACAGAAAAAGUAAGUUCCAGUUGAUUAUAAAAAAAGAAAAAAAAAGAGAGAUCAAGUAUUUUGGAAUACUCUGUAUAGAAUGGGUCGUUCUUGAAUUACGGUGGCAUUUUGAAAAAAAUUAACUUAAUUUAUCUAGAUGUAUUUUUCUUUAAAUGUAUUAGGGUACAUCUUCCCAUUCUAAAUACAUUUAUAUGGCAGCUUAAUGACUUAAAAUAUUUUUUACCAUUAAGAUAAAAUUGUGGCACUAGUAGGAGUAGUAACACCAAUGAUGGUAACACCAAUGAUGGUAACACCAAUGAGAUGAUGGUAACACCAAUGAGAUGAUGGUAACACCAAUGAUGGUAACACCAAUGAUGGUGACACCAAUGAGAUGAUGGUAACACCAAUGAGAUGAUGGUAACACCAAUGAUGGUAACACCAAUGAGAUGAUGGUAACACCAAUGAGAUGAUGGUAACACCAAUGAGACAUUUUAGCUAAAUGAGGACUUUCUGAAAUGGAAGCCACAAAUGCUAAAAUCUAAGGUCAUCAAUCCUUUACUAAAGUGAUAUGAUUAAUCAUUUUGCUCACAAUGUUAUUUCCCUUCAUUUAAAAUUGACUAACACCUUUGAUUUAGACAUACCAAAUUGUCAUCUUACAUUUUAGUCAUUUAGCAGACACUCUUAUCCAGAGUGACUUACAGUAGUGCAUGCAUAUAUUUUCAUACUGGUCCCCCUUGGGAAUCAAACCCACAACCCUGGCGUUGCAAGCGCCAUGCUCUACCAACCGUGCCACACAGAAUCAAUGGAAUCUUCAAAUUGAUGACAUACUAAAAGGGUGUGAUUAGCUAAUAACGUUCUUUAAUAUAGACUCCUCCCCCAAUAACAGUUUGCCACUGGAAAGAAUGCUCAGGGUCCUAGUAUAUCUUUUUAAUCAGUGAUUUUCAAGGCGGAAACACCAAUGACAUAAAACUGAGGGACACACAUUAUAAUAGUUUUUUUUUGUAAAAGUAUUUAAAUAGUCUUCUUUGUUUUUAUUGAUCUAUACAAUAUAUUAGAUAGAUACAGAUAUCUCUAAAUCCCCAAAACAUGUCACUACACCUCUACACAUCACCAGCGGGACAAGCCAAUUUGCUAUCCCCCAGUAGUUUUUACAAUGCAUACCCAUAGAUGUGCUGCAGUAUAAAGGACUUAGCUACACGUGUUUUCUUAUUAAACUUUCUUAUACAAUUAUUUGUCAUGACCGGGAGACCCAUGAGGCGGCGCACAAUUGGCCCAGCGUUGUCCGGGUUAGGGGAGGGUUUGGCCGGCCGGGAUUUCCUUGUCCCAUCGUGCUUUAGCGACUCCUUGUGGUGGGCCCGGGUGCCUGCAAGCUGACUUCGGUCGCUGGUUGGAUGGUGUUUCCUCCGACACAUUGGUGCGGCUGGCUUCCGGGUUAAGCGAGCAGUGCGGCUGGGCAGGGUCGUGUUUCGGAGGAUGCAUGGCUCUUGACCUUUGCCUCUCCCGAGUUCAUAUGGGUGUUGCAGCGAUGGGACAAGACCGUAACUAACAAUUGGAUAUCAUGAAAUUGGGGAGAAAAGGGGUAAAAGUAUUUUUAAAACUUGUUUUUACGUGGUGCAAAAGUCAAGGGACAGCAUUUCAAGCAAUUCAAGAAUUAGUUUUAGCAUAUUUUUUUUUCUCUUUUGAUAUUUUCUUCAGGAAAGAAGCAUGCCCAACUAAGGUAUGAGUGGGAUGCUGGCUUCUCACCCAGGCCAUGUACUUGGUAAGUGCAGUAAUAGUAUGUUGUUGUUGUUUUUGAUUGAUAUCUUGUAUUUUACUCUUAUCCUGAAGGGAACCAGAGGAGGGUGUGACGUCAUCCAAUGGGGACAUCUGAUGGACCGCUGAGACUUCAUGAAUGAUGUCAUAAUCGACCUAUUAUAUUAGUCCACGUCAAACACAGGAUGUUUGUAAAUCGUUAUUGUUACUGUAUGUUAUGUGAAUUCUACAUGUUCAACAUCUUUUGUGUAAGAAAAGUAAAUAAAACUAUUUUAGCUCACUUGAUUUUUGGGGUUCAGAGUGUAUAUGGGGUAAAUCAGCGUGCGUGGGAACAACACCUUUUUCUUUCCACUUCAAGCGCUGGGCAUGAGUGUGUAUGUGUUCCUAUAAAUUCCAAAGGAAGUCACAGUCCCACAUUUUUUUUCUUAACCUUUUACUGCAGUGGGCUAAAUCAGUGUUUCUUGCUAGUCUUAAACAAAUCUACUUUGAAACAAAAGUAUACACCUUACACACAGGUAUGUUAUGGGCUUUAUACAGUGGGGAGAACAAGUAUUUGAUACACUGCAGAUUUUGCAGGUUUUCCUACUUACAAAGCAUGUAGAGGUCUGUAAUUUUUAUCAUAGGUACACUUCAACUGUGAGAGACGGAAUCUAAAACAAAAAUCCCGAAAAUCACAUUGUAUGAUUUUUAAGUCAUUCAUUUGCAUUUUAUUGCAUGACGUAAGUAUUUGAUACAUCAGAAAAGCAGAACUUAAUAUUUGGUACAGAAACCUUUGUUUGCAAUUACAGAGAUCAUACGUUUCCUGUAGGUCUUGACCAGGUUUGCACACACUGCAGCAGGGAUUUUGGCCCACUCCUCCAUACAGACCUUCUCCAGAUCCUUCAGGUUUCGGGGCUGUCGCUGGGCAAUACAGACUUUCAGCUCCCUCCAAAGAUUUUCUAUUGGGUUCAGGUCUGGAGACUGGCUAGGCCACUCCAGGACCUUGAGAUGCUUCUUACGGAGCCACUCCUUAGUUGCCCUGGCUGUGUGUUUCGGGUCGUUGUCAUGCUGGAAAACCCAGCCACGACCCAUCUUCAAUGCUCUUACUGAGAGAAGGAGGUUGUUGGCCAAGAUCUCGCGAUACAUGGCCCCAUCCAUCCUCCCCUCAAUAUGGUGCAGUCAUCCUGUCCCCUUUGCAGAAAAGCAUCCCCAAAGAAUGAUGUUUCCACCUCCAUGCUUCACGGUUGGGAUGGUGUUCUUGGGGUUGUACUCAUUCUUCUUCUUCCUCCAAACAUGGCGAGUGGAGUUUAGACCAAAAAGCUCUAUUUUUGUCUCAUCAGACCACAUGACCUUCUCCCAUUCCUCCUCUGGAUCAUCCAGAUGGUCAUUGGCAAACGUCAGACGGGCCUGGACAUGCGCUGGCUUGAGCAGGGGGACCUUGCGUGCGCUGCAGGAUUUUAAUCCAUGACGGCGUAGUGUGUUACUAAUGGUUUUCUUUGAGACUGUGGUCCCAGCUCUCUUCAGGUCAUUGACCAGGUCCUGCCGUGUAGUUCUGGGCUGAUCACUCACCUUCCUCAUGAUCAUUGAUGCCCCACGAGGUGAGAUCUUGCAUGGAGCCCCAGACCGAGGGUGAUUGACCGUCAUCUUGAACUUCUUCCAUUUUCUAAUAAUUGCGCCAACAGUUGUUGCCUUCUCACCAAGCUGCUUGCUUAUUGUCCUGUACCCCAUCCCAGCCUUGUGCAGGUCUACAAUUUUAUCCCUGAUGUCCUUACACAGCUCUCUGGUCUUGGCCAUUGUGGAGAAGUUGGAGUCUGUUUGAUUGAGUGUGUGGACAGGUGUCUUUUAUACAGGUAACGAGUUCAAACAGGUGCAGUUAAUACAGGUAAUGAGUGGAGAACAGGAGGGCUUCUUAAAGAACAACUAACAGGUCUGUGAGAGCCGGAAUUCUUACUGGUUGGUAGGUGAUCAAAUACUUAUGUCAUGCAAUAAAAUGCAAAUGAAUGACUUAAAAAUCAUACAAUGUGAUUUUCGGGAUUUUUGUUUUAGAUUCCGUCUCUCACAGUUGAAGUGUACCUAUGAUAAAAAUUACAGACCUCUACAUGCUUUGUAAGUAGGAAAACCUGCAAAAUCUGCAGUGUAUCAAAUACUUGUUCUCCCCACUGUAUACACUACCGGUCAAAAGUUUUAGAACACCUACUCAUUCAACGGUUUUUCUUAAUUUUUACUAUUUUCUGCAUUGUAGAAUAAUAGUGAAGACAUCAAAACUAUGAAAUAACACAUGGAAUCAUGUAGCAACCAAAAAAGUGUUAAACAAAUCAAAAUAUAUUUCAUAUUUGAGAUUCUUCAAAUAGCCACCCUUUGCCUUGAUGACAGCUUUGCACACUCUUGGCAUUCUCUCAACCAGCUUCACCUGGAAUGCUUUUCCAACAGUCUUGAAGGAGUUCCCACAUAUGCUGAGCACUUGUUGGCUCCUUUUCCUUCACUAUGCGGUCCGACUCAUCCCAAACCAUCUCAAUUUAGUUGAGGUCGGGGGAUUGUGGAGGCCAGGUCAUCUGAUGCAGCACUCAAUCACUCUUCUUCUUGGUAAAAUAGCCCUUACACAGCCUGGAGGUGUGUUGGGUCAUUGUCCUGUUGAAAAACAAAUGAUAGUCCCACUAAGCCCAAACCAGAUGGGAUGGCGUAUCGCUACAGAAUGCUGUGGUAGCUAUGCUGGUUAAGUGUGCCUUGAAUUCUAAAUAAAUCACAGACAGUGUCACCAGCAAAGCACCCCCACACCAUAACACCUCCUCCUCCAUGCUUUACGUUGGGAAAUACACAUGCGGAGAUCAUCCGUUCACCCACACCAUGUCUCACAAAGACACAGCGGACACAAAAAUCUCCAAUUUGGACUCCAGACCAAAGGACAAAUUUCCACCGGUCUAAUGCCCAUUGCUCGUGUUUCUUGGCUCAAGCAAGUUUCUUCUUAUUAUUGGUGUCUUUGCAGCAAUUCCACCAUGAAGGCCUGAUUCACACAGUCUCCUCUGAACAGUUGAUGUUGAGAUGUGUCUGUGACUUGAACUCUGUGAAAAAUUUAUUUGGGCUGCAAUUUCUGAGGCUGGUAACUCUAAUGAACUUAUCCUCUGCAGCAGAGGUAACUCUGGGUCUUCCAUUCCUGUGGCGGUCCUCAUGAGAGCCAGUUUCAUCAUAGCACUUGAUGGUUUUUGCGAUUGCACUUGAAGAAACUUUCAAAGUUCUUGAAAUGUUCCGUAUUGACUGAUCUUCAUGUCUUAAAGUAAUGAUGGACUGUUGUUUCUCUUUGCUUAUUUGAGCUGUUCUUGCCAUAAUAUGGACUUGGUCUUUUACCAAAUAGGGCUAUCUUCUGUAUACACCCCUACCUUGUCACAACACAACUGAUUGGCUCAAACGCAUUAAGAUGGAAAGAACUUCCACAAAUUACCUUUUAAGAAGGCACACCUGUUAAUUGAAAUGCAUUCCAGGUGACUACCUCAUGAAGCUGGUUGAGAGAAUGCCAAGAGUGUGCAAAGCUGUCAUCAAGGCAAAGGGUGGCUAUUUGAAGAAUCUCAAAUCUCAAAUAUGUUUAGAUUUGUUUAACACUUUUUUGGUUACUACAUGAUUCCAUAUGUGUUAUUUCAUAGUUUUGAUAUCUUCACUAUUAUUCUACAAUGUAGAAAAUAGUAAAAAAAAAAAAAAAAAAAAAAAAACUUGAAUGAAUAUGUGUUCUAAAACUUUUGACCGGUAGUGUACAUCACAGAAGACUGAAAUAUAACAAAACCGUUUGACAUUUUUUGUUUGUUUGUUUAUUAAUGAUGAAAUAAUGAAGAAUAUAUUAAUAACAUUCCACCCAUGAGGACUCUAGAGGGCACUGCAGGAAAUGGCUACAACACCUCAACCGUGAUAAGACCACUUUUCACAGUAGACAGCGCGCAGACAGUUUGAUCAUCAGAUUAGUAAAUGCUGCACAUUGCACAGUAUAGUGAAGACUCACUCUGAAAGGAAAUUGCACCUCUUACACAGUCCAUUUGGAUGGGUGUGAUGUCAUGAAAACAGCACAUUUUAUCUCCCCAAUCUUGACGAAGAGGUAGGUUUUUUUUAAUGAUUAUUCCUGUACUAUUGCAAAUUAUUAUGCAUUACUGUAUCAUAACGUUCAGUCAAAUUGUACAAUCCAAUUUGAUUAUUGUUAGAGUUUAUAUAUUUUUAUGUCUUUCAGAUGCUUCAGUGGUCAAACUAUCUCAGACAGAGCCUAUAUAAUAGGUUGCUGGUGACUCUAUUGAUCACAAUCUACCACGGUAAGACAGAGCAACCUGAUGUUUACAACUGCCUGACUAUCAGACAGAAAUGUUCUCUUUUCUUUUAAUAACCAAAACCACUCAAAUCAAGCAAGGAAUUACUAAAGUGCAAUGUUACUAGUUACAGCGUUGCUACGCAGGUAUAAGAGCAACUUAAAAGUGCACUAAGCUCAUGAGGGAUUUAUAAAAUAUAUUCUUCAGGAAUCAAUGAGUAUAUAUCAUUAAUCUGAAAGUACCAAAAAUAAAUGUAGCAACAGCAGAUUGCACCUUUAAUGGAAAGUGUUGACUCUGUUUUUAUUACCCUGAGACCUACUGACCAGUGAGAUAGGAGGUGUCCAGGCUUGGACCUACAACUACAGUACCAACCCGAAUCUGGAGUGGGAUUCAGCCCGCCAGUGGUGCAGGCAGCACUACACAGACAUGGUGGCCAUCCAGAACCAGGAGGAAAUAGUCUAUCUCAACAACAUGCUCCCUAAGAACUCACAAUACUACUGGAUCGGCCUCCGCAAGGUUGGGUUCCUUCAUCUGUUACUUUAUCAACAGGAGUGUACUGUAGACCGCCAGAUCGUCUGUAUGUCUUGCCACAAGAGGUCCAUCUAGCAGAAAUGUGUCGCUGACUUAUUAAUGUACAUUUCUAUUGUUUUUUGAAUGCAUCGCUAUUUCAUUUAUACUGUGGUUGCAUAUAUAUAUAUAUAUAUUUUUUUUGUAUUAUUGAAUAAAUACAUUCCGUCAAUCAAUCAGGUGAAUGAGGUGUGGACCUGGAUGGGCACCAACAAGACCCUGACCAAAGAGGCAGAGAACUGGGCCACCGGGGAGCCCAACAACGUCGGGGACGGACAGGAUUGUGUGGAGAUCUACAUCAAAAGAGGAAAGGAUGAAGCCAAGUGGAACGAUGAGAGAUGCACAAAAAAGAAGGGAGCCCUCUGCUACACAGGUAGACGAGUGUGUGUGUGUGUGUGUGUGUGUGUGUGUGUGUGUGUGUGUGUAGUUUCUUUAAAUCCUCUAUUUGUCUACUACCCUGUUUGUGUAGCGUCUUGCUCACAGCAUUGCUGUAGCACCCAUGCAGAGUGUUUAGAGAACAUAGGGGACUACACCUGCCAGUGUGACCCUGGCUUCAAGGGCCCCCGGUGCCAGGAAGGUGAGCUAACCUGUACGAUGCAUCCAUAAGGUCUGAACCAUUCUUAUUCAUCCAUGGGAAUAAUACCUGGUUUUCUGUAUAGAGGUGAACCAAAACAGUUAACUGAGUUCAGCUUCGAUGACGUGUUAGUGUGCAGUAUGUUUGUUUGCUGUCAUUGAUAAUCUAGUCUCUCUGCCUCUCUCUGUCAGCCGUAGAGUGUGACGCUGUGUCGGACCCAGAGCAGGGUUCAGUGAACUGUGACCAUCCUCAUGGGCCGUUUGCCUUCAACUCCUCUUGUCAGUUCCACUGUGCCCGGGGAUACCAGCUGCUGGGGGCACCACAACUGCUCUGCCAGGCCACAGGGCUCUGGGACCACCCUGCCACUCAGUGCCAAGGUAUGGGAGAGCAGGAGGGUACUACAGUACCCAUAAUGCCUCUGCAACUAUGUCCGGUUUAUCUUACUAAAGACGUUCCUAAAGCUAACGCUAUGGGGUCCCGCCUCCUUAUUAAAACAGAGGGCUACCUGCCUAAUUCAAAUUCACAUAACGUUGUGUUGAGGCUGCUCACAUAACGUUGUGUUGAGGCUGCUCACAUAACGUUGUGUUGAGGCUGCUCACAAACCAGCAUUUUAGGCUUGAGACAUAGAUUUUUGUUCCCUCAUUGAGUUUAAACAACAUUUUUCUUACUGCCCCCUUCAGUCAAACAGUGUCCAGCGCUGGACAGUGGUCCUCAUAGAGGGACUAUGAACUGCAGUGACCCCAUCGCCCUGCACAGUUACAACUCCACCUGUGAAUUCAGCUGUGAUUUGGGGUUUGACCUAAUAGGACCAGACAUGAUUCAGUGUGACCACACAGGACAGUGGACAGGCAACGUCUCCACCUGCACAGGUAUUUAUCACUGUCACCAUGGGAUAGUAGCAACUAAUACACCUGUUGAAUGUCAGGUCAAAGUGAAAAGAAAUGACAAUGUGAUAGUAAAUCAAGAAGUGCAACAAAGGUACUGUGGUUCCUCCCAGUCCUUGACCUGACCGCACCCAACUGUUCAUCUCCACUAUUUAAAAUGUUCAACUGUGAAAUAGUUGUGUUCUUUGUGAAAUGUGACCUUGAUGAAAUACUUUCCAACUGUCACUUUUGCUGUAACAUCCUGUUCUGACCACAGAACACAGAACACUGAACCCUGGCUGUUACCGUGGUGACCAAAAAUCAUUUUCUCUGAUUGAGCCCCACUUUAUCUGAAGCCAUGUUGUCAGCCAUGUUGUCAACCAUAUGUAGCCCAUGCUAUUUAUGACAGUCCCUAACAUAAAAAAAACAAAAACUAAAGACAGUCCCUAACUUCUUUACAUUACAUUGUAUUGCUAGCUGUGCCACUAGAGAUCCGGGUUAGAAUCCAGGCUCUGUCGUAGCCGGCCGUGACCGGGAGACCCAUGGGGCGGCGCACAAUUGGCCCAGCGUCGUCCAGGGUAGGGGAGGGAAUGGCCGGCAUGGAUGUAGCUCAGUUGGUAGAGCAUGGCGUUUGCAACGCCAGGGUUGUGGGUUCGAAUCCCAUGGGGGUAUGAAAAAUAAAAAAAGUAUGUAUGCACUCACUAACUGUAAGUCGCUCUGGAUAAGAGCGUCUGCUAAAUGACUAAAAUGUAAAUGUAAAAAUGUUGUAUGGGUUGGGAGUUUGUUGGCGACCCCCUGAGUCUGAAUGCCCUUUGCUGUCGCUUGUCCAUUCCCAGCGCGCCUCUCCAGGGUGCUAUUGGAGAGACACAUUGCUACCAUGCUCCACCAACGUUCUGUCCCCCCAAAAACAUCUAACAUAAAUCAUGUAGCAGAUAUAGGAUAUGGUAGAAAGAGUCUGUGGCCAGGACCAGCCCUGAUUACAGGAGUAGUAAAGGCCCAGUGCACUAAUAAUCCGGCUCUGCUAUAUCGGUCAGCUAAUACAGGAGUUGUAAAGGCGCAGUGUCAGAAUUUAGGACCCAGACCUGCUCAGAAUUUUAGGGGCUGUUGGACCCGUGAAGACUUCUACUGUGAAGCAGAAAGAAACCUAGAAGAAAGCUAGAAAUAUUGAACAUUGAUAACUUACUGGCAAACACAGUUGUAAAGUAUAUAUUUACUACUACAGAAGAAUCGAGUGCUUAGAUAAUCAGAGUGAACAACAAGGGAACUGGGACGACUGGUUUUUGAGUAGAUGGCAUCAGCGCCCCUGCCAUCUUCUAAAAACUACUUUGCCAUCUACAGAGGUUUAUCAUCUACAGCAGGGGUAAGCAAUCCCGGUACGAACCUGGAAGACCAGGUGUUUUGAAUCAAGCCAUCACUGAACUGAUGAAUUAACUAAGUAGCUCAGUUAUCACGUUUCAGGAGAAGACCCAGAUGCAGACAGUGUCGAAGUAACAGAAGUUUAUUUUAAAAACAGGGGGCAUGCAAACGACAGGUCAAGUGCAGGUCAGAGGUCAGUCAUCCAGAACAGAGUCCAACCGUACAGAACGGCAGGCAGGCUCAGGGUCAGGGCAGGCAGAAUGGUCAAAACCGGGAAAACUAGAAAACAGGAACUUGAGAAAGACAGGCGCAAGGGGGGAAAACCUGCUGGUAGGCUUGACGAAACAAAACGAACUGGCAACAGACGAACAGAGAACACAGGUAUAAAUACACUGGGGAUAAUGGGGGAAGAUGGGCGACACCUGGAGGGGGGGGUGGAGACAAGCACAAAGACAGGUGAAACAGAUCAGGGUGUGACAUCAGUGCGGAGCGUUGUUGGGACCAUAUCUUACUGCACUCCAGGAACUACCUCUGAUCUACAGCUUCUACAAUCAUCAUUGUUGCCUCAUCUCUACAGAGCAGGGACAGGCUAAUUUGAUGGGGGUGGGGGGGGCCACGAAAAAAAAAACGGCCCAGCCAGAGCCCGGACUUGAACCCGAUCUAACAUCUCUGGAGAGACCUGAAAAUAGCUGUGCAGCAACAUGUCUUACCCAAGAAGACUCGAUGUUGUAAUCACUGCCAAAGGUGCUUCAACAACGUACUGAGUAAAGGGUCUGAAUACUUCUGUAAAUGUGAUAUAUUCUUUAUGUUUUUUUUUAUAAAUUAGCAAACAUUUCUAAAAAUAUGGUUUUACUUUGACAUUAUGGGGUAUUGUGUGUAGAUUGAUGAGUGGAAAAAACAAUUUAAUCAAUUUUAGAAUAAGGCUGUAACAUAACAAAAUGUGGAAAAAGUCAAGGGGUCUGAAUACUUUCCGAACGCACUGUAUAUCUAUGGUUAUGAAUACUUAUGACAUACUUUGAUCAACGCUUGUAUCAACCUAUGGUACAUUAUCAGCUUAUGGAAGACUACUGGCCUUGAUAAACUCAGUGCCUUCUGUGGACGUUGUGUGAAUGUUCUGUGGAAACAGACUAUAAAUCUCAUCUUACCUUGGUCGUGUUCCCCUGCUCAGACAAUCAUCUCAUCAACCAAUGGUUGUGUGCCACGUCUUCGACCGUGCCGUCAAGGCAUCAGAUUGCUAUAACAUAUGUGACAUUUAUCUAUAAUAUAACAUUUAGCAUUAGCUCAGUGGUUCCUGUUUAUAACUUGUCAGAAAUGUCCAGUUGAUCAACAAGACCAAGCCAGCUGAAGUUUUCUAGCUAGGUUUUUUUUAAAAUCCCAUUUAAUGUUUGAGUCACUCAGAUAUCGCAUGAACACACAAGACAUGGCAUAAUAUGUAGAACUGAAGGAAAUGAGCUUUAAAAUGUGGAUUUUUUCUGUCCAAUCCAUGGCGCGGGAUGUUUCCCAACGAUGAAAGGGGGACAUCAGUGAAAAAGUUUGGGAAGCACUGGGUUAGCUGUUACAUUGUAAGAUCUGGCAUGCGUCAGCAACGUCUGAACAGGGGAAAACAAAAAUAAUAUUCUAUUAUCUUACCUGUAUCCUACUACAGUGGUGAGGUGUGCCCCCCUGAACCCUCCUGCCAUGGGGAACAUGUCCUGUGUGGAACCCCUGGGGGCCUCCUCCUUCACCUCCUCCUGUGGGUUCUCCUGUGAGGAGGGCUACCUGCUGAGAGGAGACACCAACCUCACCUGUUUGUCUACUGGACAAUGGACCAACCGCACACCUGCAUGUGAACGUGAGCUAUACCAAAACAACUAGAGGGAGUUUCAAUGUGAUAAGGACCCUUAUUUAUACAAAGAAUACAUUAUGAAGGAUAUGCCCAUCUGGUGAAAUGUGUAAAACAAGUUGAGAUCUAACCUUCACAUUGAUUGGUUGUGUGUGUGUGGCAGUGGUGCAGUGCGACGCUAUAAACGCUCCCCCUCACGCCUCCAUGAACUGCUGGAACCCUGUGGAGGAGUUCAGCUACGGUUCCACCUGUGCCCUGGAGUGUGAGGAGGGUUUUGUUCUGGUAGGAACUAACUCCACCCACUGCUCCUCACUGGGUUACUGGAGCCACGCCCUUCCUGUCUGUCAGGGUAAGACCAGGGGGGUUCUGAUAGAAAUGUGUGGUGUAGAACAGAUGUGAUUGUCAUGUAGGAUUUGGAACUGUGUCCGAUCUAUUCACUUCAUUUCUAUCUGCAACAUUCUGAAUUGUUUCACCUCACUGAAUAAAUCCAAAGGGUUUGGAACGGAGAACCUAAACUAUUGUGGUUAGCUGAAGGAUUAGGAACAGUAUAUCAUAGUAUAAUAGGAACAAAUCAAUAUAAAUACAUGUGUGAUUAUAAUGGGAAUAGGUUGAGCCUGUGUGUCACAACCUGUGUCCUCUUUAUAUUCCUCCAGCUCAGCAGUGCGACGCCUUAACCUCUCCCCCGCAUGGCUCCAUGAACUGCUCUGACCUCCAUGGUCAGUUCCACUACGGGUCCCAGUGUCUGUUCUCCUGUGAGGAGGGGUUCCCGCUGAACGGAGUGGCUGAUACAGAGUGCACCUCCCUGGGCACAUGGAGCAGGAGAGCCCCCCUCUGUCUGGGUAACUCACCACAUCUUCAUACCAUGCUGGAGACAUACCCUCAUCUACUGGGACGAUAAUGAAGCUUUUUAAAUACAUAAUAGGGACAGAUUAUUCUCAUAUGCACAUUUAGUCAAGAUAUCUGUCGUUACAGAGGUUGGUGACUUACAGCAUUAGUAUUCAUUUAGCUUUCUAUGGAUCAGGAUGUGAAUGUAGUGUGUUUCUCUGCUCUUCAGAGUAUCUUCUCUUCUCUUAUCUGUACCCUACUACCAGGGUUGGGUAGGUUACUUUCUAAAUGUAAUUUGUUGGUUACUAGUUACCUGGACAAAAUUGUAAUCAGUAAUGUAACUUCUUGAUUACCCAACCUCAGUAACGUAAUCAGAUGACGUUCCCCCAAGAGAGCAUUAGAAUAAGACUACAAGGAUCCAUCAAACACAUCUGGUGUGUCAUCAUAGUGGUCUCUGAUUGGUGGUCAUCAUUUGGUGUGUCAUCAUAGAGGUCUCUGAUUGGUGGUCAUCAUUUGGUGUGUCAUCAUAGUGGUCUCUGAUUGGUGGUCAUCAUUUGGUGUGUCAUCAUAGUGGUCUCUGAUUGGUGGUCAUCAUUUGGUGUGUCAUCAUAGUGGUCUCUGAUUGGUGGUCAUCAUGUUGGGUGGUUCAUCUAGUGGUCUCUGAUUGGUGUCAUCAUUUGGUGUGUCAUCAAGAGGUCUCUGAUUGUGGUCAUCAUUUGGUGUGUCCAUCAUAGUGGUCUCUGAUUGGUGGUCAUCAUUUGGGUGUCAUCAUAGAGGUCUCUGAUUGGUGGUCAUCAUUGGUGUGUCAUCAUAGUGGUCUCUGAUUGGUGGUCAUCAUUUGGUGUGUCAUCAUAGUGGUCUCUGAUUGGUGUCAUCAUUUGGUGUGUCAUCAUAGUGGUCUCUGAUUGGUGUCAUCAUUUGGUGUGUCAUCAUAGUGGUCUCUGAUUGGUGGUCAUCAUUUGGUGUGUCAUCAUAGUGGUCUCUGAUUGGUGGUCAUCAUUUGGUGUGUCAUCAUAGAGGUCUCUGAUUGGUGGUCAUCAUUUGGUGUGUCAUCAUAGUGGUCUCUGAUUGGUGUCAUAUUUGGUGUGUCAUCAUAGUGGUCUCUGAUUGGUGUCAUCAUUUGGUGUGUCAUCAUAGUGGUCUCUGAUUGGUGGUCAUCAUUUGGUGUGUCAUCAUAGUGGUCUCUGAUUGGUGGUCAUCAUUUGGUGUGUCAUCAUAGUGGUCUCUGAUUGGUGGUCAUCAUUUGGUGUGUCAUCAUAGAGGUCUCUGACUGGUGGUCAUCAUUUGGUGUGUCAUCAUAGAGGUCUCUGACUUGUAUUUAGACUCGCUCAUUUGGAACAAACAAACUUAAACUUGCGCCUUUUUUCAAUGCUGAAUUGAAUGUCAUUGAAAAAACAGAAAGGUGUCAUAAUGUAUUUUUUGGCAAACAUCUUUUAUGAAUUCUAAAGUAAUCCAAGAUGUAAUCAUCUUGUUUUUCAAAAGUACAGUGUCUGUAAUCCGAUUACAAUAUUUUUGCUUGUGACGUAACUGAGAAUUUUGUUUUUUUAUAAUCCGAUUACAUCUAACUGAUUACAUAUAAUCCGUUACUCCCCAACCCUGCCUACUACAGUGGUGAGGUGUGGCCCCCUGUCCCCUCCUGCCAUGGGGAACAUGACCUGCGUGGAACCCCUGGGGGCCUCCUCCUUCACCUCCUCCUGUGGGUUCUCCUGUGAGGAGGGCUACCUGCUGAGAGGAGACACCAACCUCACCUGUUUGUCUACUGGACAAUGGACCAACCGCACACCUGCAUGUGAACGUGAGCUAUACCAAAACAACUAGAGGGAGUUUCAAUGUGAUAAGGACCAUUAUUUAUACAAAGAAUACAUUAUGAAGGAUAUGCCCAUCUGGUGAAAUGUGUAAAACAAGUUGAGAUCUAACCUUCACAUUGAUUGGUUGUGUGUGUGUGGCAGUGGUGCAGUGCGACGCUAUAAACGCUCCCCCUCACGCCUCCAUGAACUGCUGGAACCCUGUGGAGGAGUUCAGCUACGGUUCCACCUGUGCCCUGGAGUGUGAGGAGGGUUUUGUUCUGGUAGGAACUAACUCCACCCACUGCUCCUCACUGGGUUACUGGAGCCACGCCCUUCCUGUCUGUCAGGGUAAGACCAGCGGUGUUCUGAUAGAAAUGUGUGGUGUAGAACAGAUGUGAUUGUCAUGUAGGAUUUGGAACUGUGUCCGGUCUAUUCACUUCAUUUCUAUCUGCAACAUUCUGAAUUGUUUCACCUCACUGAAUAAAUCCAAAGGGUUUGGAACGGAGAACCUAAACUAUUGUGGUUAGCAGAAGGAUUAGGAGCAGUAUAUCAUAGUAUAAUAGGAACAAAGAAAUAUAAAUACAUGUGUGAUUAUAAUGGGAAUAGGUUGAGCCUGUGUGUCACAACCUGUGUCCUCUUUAUAUUCCUCCAGCUCAGCAGUGCGACGCCUUAACCGCUCCCCCGCAUGGCUCCAUGAACUGCUCUGACCUCCAUGGUCAGUUCCACUACGGGUCCCAGUGUCUGUUCUCCUGUGAGGAGGGGUUCCCGCUGAACGGAGUGGCUGAUACAGAGUGCACCUCCCUGGGCACAUGGAGCAGGAGAGCCCCCCUCUGUCUGGGUAACUCACCACAUCUUCAUACCAUGCUGGAGACAUACCCUCAUCUACUGGGACGAUAAUGAAGCUUUUUAAAUACAUAAUAGGGACAGAUUAUUCUCAUAUGCACAUUUAGUCAAGAUAUCUGUCAUUACAGAGGUUGGUGACUUACAGCAUUAGUAUUCAUUUAGCUUUCUAUGGAUCAGGAUGUGAAUGUAGUGUGUUUCUCUGCUCUUCAGAGUAUCUUCUCUUAUCUGUACCCUACUACCAGGGUUGGGUAGGUUACUUUCUAAAUGUAAUUUGUUGGUUACUAGUUACCUGGACAAAAUUGUAAUCAGUAAUGUAACUUCUUGAUUACCCAACCUCAGUAACGUAAUCAGAUGACUUUCCCCCAAGAGAGCAUUAGAAUAAGACUACAAGGAUCCAUCAAACACAUCUGGUGUGUCAUCAUAGUGGUCUCUGAUUGGUGGUCAUCAUUUGGUGUGUCAUCAUAGUGGUCUCUGAUUGGUGGUCAUCAUUUGGUGUGUCAUCAUAGUCGUCUCUGAUUGGUGGUCAUCAUUUGGUGUGUCAUCAUAGUGGCCUCUGAUUGGUGGUCAUCAUUUGGUGUGUCAUCAUAGUGGUCUCUGAUUGGUGGUCAUCAUUUGGUGUGUCAUCAUAGAGGUCUCUGAUUGGUGGUCAUCAUUUGGUGUGUCAUCAUAGUGGUCUCUGAUUGGUGGUCAUCAUUUGGUGUGUCAUCAUAGUGGUCUCUGAUUGGUGUCAUCAUUUGGUGUGUCAUCAUAGAGGUCUCUGAUUGGUGGUCAUCAUUUGGUGUGUCAUCAUAGUGGUCUCUGAUUGGUGGUCAUCAUUUGGUGUGUCAUCAUAGGGUCUCUGAUUGGUGGUCAUCAUUUGGUGUGUCAUCAUAGUGGUCUCUGAUUGGGGGUCAUCAUUUGGUGUGGUCAUCAUAGUGGUCUCUGAUUGGUGUCAUCAUUGGGUGUCAUCAUAGUGGUCUCGAUUGGUGGUCAUCAUUUGGUGUGUCAUCAUAGUGGUCUCUGAUUGUGGUCAUCAUUUGGUGUGUCAUUCAUAGAGGCUCUGAUUGGUGGUCAUCAUUUGGUGUGUCAUCAUAGUGGUCUCUGAUUGGUGUCAUAAUUGGUGUGUCAUCAUAGUGGUCUUGAUUGGUGUCACAUUUGUGUGUCAUCAUAGGGUCUCUGAUUGGUGGUCAUCAUUGAUGUGUCAUCAUAGUGGUCUCUGAUCGGUGGUCAUCAUUUGAUGUGUCAUCAUAGAGGUCUCUGAUUGGUGGUCAUCAUUUGGUGUGUCAUCAUAGUGGUCCUUGAUUGGUGGUCAUCAUUUGGUGUGUCAUCAUAGUGGUCUCUGAUGGUGGUCAUCAUUUGGUGUGUCAUCAUAGUGGUCUCUGAUUGGUGGUCAUCAUUUGGUGUGUCAUAUGUGGUCUCUGAUUGGUGGUCAUCAUUUGUGUGUCAUCAUAGAGGUCUCUGAUUGGGUGGUCAUCAUUUGGUGUGUCAUCAUAGUGGUCUCUGACUGGUGGUCAUCAUUUGGUGUGUCAUCAUAGUGGUCUCUGAUUGGUGGUCAUCAUUUGGUGUGUCAUCAUAGAGGUCUCUGACUGGUGGUCCUCAUUUGGUGUGUCAUCAUAGAGGUCUCUGACUUGUAUUUAGACUCGCUCAUUUGGAACAAACAAACUUAAACUUGCGCCUUUUUUCAAUGCUGAAUUGAAUGUCAUUGAAAAAACAGAAAGGUGUCAUAAUGUAUUUUUUGGCAAACAUCUUUUAUGAAUUCUAAAGUAAUCCAAGAUGUAAUCAUCUUGUUUUUCAAAAGUACAGUGUCUGUAAUCCGAUUACAAUAUUUUUGCUGGUGACGUAACUGAGAAUUUUGUUUUUUUAUAAUCCGAUUACAUCUAACUGAUUACAUAUAAUCCGUUACUCCCCAACCCUGCCUACUACAGUGGUGAGGUGUGGCCCCCUGUCUCCUCCUGCCAUGGGGAACAUGACCUGCGUGGAACCCCUGGGGGCCUCCUCCUUCACCUCCUCCUGUGGGUUCUCCUGUGAGGAGGGCUACCUGCUGAGAGGAGACACCAACCUCACCUGUUUGUCUACUGGACAAUGGACCAACCGCACACCUGCAUGUGAACGUGAGCUAUACCAAAACAACUAGAGGGAGUUUCAAUGUGAUAAGGACCAUUAUUUAUACAAAGAAUACAUUAUGAAGGAUAUGCCCAUCUGGUGAAAUGUGUAAAACAAGUUGAGAUCUAACCUUCACAUUGAUUGGUUGUGUGUGUGGCAGUGGUGCAGUGCGACGCUAUAAACGCUCCCCCUCACGCCUCCAUGAACUGCUGGAACCCUGUGGAGGAGUUCAGCUACGGUUCCACCUGUGCCCUGGAGUGUGAGGAGGGUUUUGUUCUGGUAGGAACUAACUCCACCCACUGCUCCUCACUGGGUUACUGGAGCCACGCCCUUCCUGUCUGUCAGGGUAAGACCAGGGGGGUUCUGAUAGAAAUGUGUGGUGUAGAACAGAUGUGAUUGUCAUGUAGGAUUUGGAACUGUGUCCGGUCUAUUCACUUCAUUUCUAUCUGCAACAUUCUGAAUUGUUUCACCUCACUGAAUAAAUCCAAAGGGUUUGGAACGGAGAACCUAAACUAUUGUGGUUAGCUGAAGGAUUAGGAACAGUAUAUCAUAGUAUAAUAGGAACAAAGAAAUAUAAAUACAUGUGUGAUUAUAAUGGGAAUAGGUUGAGCCUGUGUGUCACAACCUGUGUCCUCUUUAUAUUCCUCCAGCUCAGCAGUGCGACGCCUUAACCGCUCCCCCGCAUGGCUCCAUGAACUGCUCUGACCUCCAUGGUCAGUUCCACUACGGGUCCCAGUGUCUGUUCUCCUGUGAGGAGGGGUUCCUGCUGAACGGAGUGGCUGAUACAGAGUGCACCUCCCUGGGCACAUGGAGCAGGAGAGCCCCCCUCUGUCUGGGUGAGUGGCGCAGUGGUCUAAGGCACUGCAUCGCAGUGCUAACUGUGCUACUAGAGAUCCUGGUUCGAAUCCAGGCUCUGUCGCAGCCGGCCGCGACCGGGAGACUCAUGGGCGGCGCACAAUUGGCCCAGCGUCGUCCAGGGUAGGGGAGGGAAUGGCCGGCAGGGAUGUAGCUCAGUUGAUAGAGCAUGGCGUUUGCAACGCCAGGGUUGUGGGUUCGUUUCCCAUGGGGGGCCAGUAUAAAAAUAAAAAAAAUGUAUUCACUAACUGUAAGUCGCUCUGGAUAAGAGCGUCUGCUAAAUGACUAAAAUGUAAUGUAAUGUAAACAGUAUAUCAUAGUAUAAUAGGAACAAAGAAAUAUAAAUACAUGUGUGAUUAUAAUGGGAAUAGGUUGAGCCUGUGUGUCACAACCUGUGUCCUCUUUAUAUUCCUCCAGCUCAGCAGUGCGACGCCUUAACCGCUCCCCCACAUGGCUCCAUGAACUGCUCUGACCUCCAUGGUCAGUUCCACUACGGGUCCCAGUGUCUGUUCUCCUGUGAGGAGGGGUUCCUGCUGAACGGAGUGGCUGAUACAGAGUGCACCUCCCUGGGCACAUGGAGCAGGAGAGCCCCCCUCUGUCUGGGUAACUCACCACAUCUUCAUACCAUGCUGGAGACAUACCCUCAUCUACUGGGACGAUAAUGAAGCUUUUUAAAUACAUAAUAGGGACAGAUUAUUCUCAUAUGCACAUUUAGUCAAGAUAUCUGUCGUUACAGAGGUUGGUGACUUACAGCAUUAGUAUUCAUUUAGCUUUCUAUGGAUCAGGAUGUGAAUGUAGUGUGUUUCUCUGCUCUUCAGAGUAUCUUCUCUUAUCUGUACCCUACUACCAGGGUUGGGUAGGUUACUUUCUAAAUGUAAUUCGUUGGUUACUAGUUCCCUUUCAUUGGAUCAGGAUGUGAAUGUGGUACAGGGGUAUGCAUCCCUGUUCCUGGAGUGCCACAGGUUGUGCAGGAUAUUUUCCCCCAACUACGCACCACACCAGACCAACUGAGCUAAUUGAUCAGUUCAGUGAUUGCCUAAAUUCAACACGCCUGGUCUUCCAGGUCGGUUAAAUGAAAAACAUGAAGUUCCCGCUGCACUCCAGGACCGGUGCUUGCCUACCCCCUUGAUGGAGUUUUUUCUCUGCUCCUCAGUACGUCACUGCCCCCUGCUGGUGGAACCACGGAGAGGCUGGAUGAACUGCACCCACCCCUAUUCUGCCUACAGUUACAGCUCCCACUGCCUCCUCCGAUGCAAUGAGGGAUUCUGGCUAACUGGAGCUCCCACGAUGCAUUGCAACGCAUCGGGAGUCUGGAGCCAAGACUUACCGUCCUGCCAAGGUGAGUGAGGGAAAUAUAUAUAAAAAGAUGAUUAAUGAAUUGAUUGAUUGAUUGAUCGAUUGAUUGAUCAAACCCCUACAGUGGUCCAGUGUGAGAACCUAUUGCCCCCACCGCCAUCUCCACCACCCACUCCAUCCUCAACCCCGCCACCAACCCUGGGACCCUCCAUGAACUGCUCACACCCCCUAGGGGAGUUUAGCUUCAGCUCUCUGUGCCUCUUCACCUGCGGCAAAGGCUACUAUCUGAACGGAACAGAAGAGCUGUCCUGCACCUCAGAGGGACAGUGGAGUGACCUUGUGCCCUCUUGCCAAAGAAACAUCACCUCUGACCAAGGUUUUACUGACUAUUUGUUUACAUCAAAUAUUAUAUACAAUAUUGUUUACAUUAUGUACACUGAAUUGAAUUGAAUAGUAGUACAUUAGAUAAAAUCCUGAUUUCGACUUGUUUUUUUUAAUGCCAUUUGACUCCUACCGCAUAGUGUCCAUACUUACAGGGUGACAUCAUCCUUACAGGGUGACAUCAUCCUUACAGGGUGACAUCUUGGUUUAUCUGCUCUGUUCUGACCCUGUGGUGACUCUGGUUGUUCUAUAGAGUCAGGGAUAGUGACUGUGGUUGUUCUAUAGAGUCAGGGAUAGUGACUGUGGUUGUUCUAAAGUCAGGGAUAGUGACUGGUUGUUCUAUAGAGUCAGGGGAUAGUGACUUGGUGUUCUAUAGAGUCAGGGAUAGUGACUGUGGUUGUUCUAUAGAGUCAGGGAUAGUGACUGUGGUUGUUCUAUAGAGUCAGGGAUAGUGACUUGGUGUUCUAUAGAGUCAGGGAUAGUGACUGUGGUUGUUCUAUAGAGUCAGGGAUAGUGACUGUGGUUGUUCUAUAGAGUCAGGGAUAGUGACUGUGGUUGUUCUAUAGAGUCAGGGAUAGUGACUGUGGUUGUUCUAUAGAGUCAGGAUAGUGACGUGGUUGUUCUUAUGAUAGAGUUUCUGGUCAAAGGAAAGGGUUUUUUUUUAAAACGGAAGGGACGGGGUUUGUUCAAGGCAGGGAAGUGACUUGGUUGUUCUAAGAUCAGGGAAGUGACGGGGUUUUGUUUAAAAAAAUAAUAACGGGGGGUUUUUUCAUGGUCAGGGAUGGAUUUUUUGUCUUUAGAUCGGGUUUUGGAUUUGGGGUUUUUUAAGCAGGGAUAUACGUGGUUUUUUAAUCAGGGUAACUUGGUUGCAUAAUUUCAGGGAAUGACGGGGUUGUUUGACGGGGUGACGGGUUGUUCUAUAGAGUCAGGGAAGUGACUGGGGUUUUUUAAGGUCAGGGAUAGUGACUGGUUGUUUAUAAGGGGGGAUGUGACGGGUUUUGUUCUUUGGUCGGGAUGUGACUGGUUUUUCUAUAGGUCAGGGAUAGUGACUGGGGGUUUUUAGAGUCGGGAAGGGACUGGGUUGUUCUAAGGUCAGGGAUAGUGAUGGGUUUUGUUCUAUAGAGCAGGGAUAGUGACGGGGGUUGUUUAUAGAGUCGGGAUAGGACUGUGGUUUUUUUAAAAAGGUCAGGGAUAGGACGGGUGUUUUAUAGAGUCGGGGAUAGUGACUGGGUUGUUCUAUAGAGCGGGGAUAGUGAUGGUUGUUUAUAGGUCAGGGAAGUGAUGGGUUUUUCUAUGAGUCAGGGAAGUGACUUUUGUUAUAGAGUCAGGGAUAGUGACUGGUUGUUCUUAGAGUCAGGGAAGUGACUGGUUGUUUUUUAGGGGGAAGUGACGGGGGUUGUUCUAUAGAGUCAGGGUUUGGAUUGGGGUUUGUUUAUGAGUCAGGGAUAGGAGGGUUGUUCUAUAGAGUAGGGAUAGUGGUUUGGUUUUUAUAGAGUCAGGGAUAGGACUGGUUUUCUAUAGAGCGGGAUAGGAGGGUUUGUUUAUAGAGCAGGGAUAGUGAGGGGUUUGUUUAAGAGUCGGGGAUAGUGAUGGUGGUUCUAUAAGUCGGGAAAUAGUGACUGGGUGUUCUAUAGAGUCAGGGAUAGUGACUGUGGUUGAUGUCUAUAGAGUCAGGGAUAGGACUUGGUUGUUCUAUAGAGUCAGGGAUAGUGACUCUGGUUGUUCUAUAGAGUCAGGGAUAGUGACUGGUUGUUCUAUAGAGUCAGGGAUAGUGACUCUGGUUCUUCUAUAGAGUCAGGGAUAGUGACUGGUUGUUCUAUAGAGUCAGGGAUAGUGACUGGUUGUUCUAUAGAGUCAGGGAUAGUGACUGGUUGUUGUGUUAUAGAGUCAGGGAUAGUGACUGGUUGUUCUAUAGAGUCAGGGAUAGUGAUGGGUUGUUCUAUAGAGUCAGGGAUAGUGACUGUGGUUGUUCUAUAGAGUCAGGGAUAGUGACUGUGGUUGUUCUAUAGAGUCAGGGAUAGUGACUGUGGUUGUUCUAUAGAGUCAGGGAUAGUGACUGGUGUUCUAUAGAGUCAGGGAUAGUGAAUGUGGUUGUUCUAUAGAGUCCCAGGGAUAGUGACUCUGGUUUCCCUAUAGAUCAGGGAUAGUGACUGGUUGUUCUAUAGAGUCAGGGAUAGUGAACUGGUUGUUUAUAGAGUCAGGGAUAGUGGACUGGUUUGUUGUGUUAUAGAGUCAGGGAUAGUGACUGGUUGUUCUAUAGAGUCAGGGAUAGUGACUGUGGUUGUUCUAUAGAGUCAGGGAUAGUGACUGUGGUUGUUCUAUAGAGUCAGGGAUAGUGACUGUGGUUGUUCUAUAGAGUCAGGGAUAGUGACUGUGGUUGUUCUAUAGAGUCAGGGAUAGUGACUGGUUGUUCUAUAGAGUCAGGGAUAGUGACUGUGGUUGUUCUAUAGAGUCAGGGAUAGUGACUGUGGUGUUCUAUAGAGUCAGGGAUAGUGACUGGGUUGUUCUAUAGAGUCAGGAUAGUAACGGGUUUGUUCUAUAGAGUAGGGACAGUGACUGUGGUUGUUCUAUAGAGUCAGGGAUAGUGACUGUGGUUGUUCUAUAGAGUCAGGGAUAGUGACUCUGGUUGUUCUAUAGAGUCAGGGAUAGUGACUCUGGUUGUUCUAUAGAGUCAGGGAUAGUGACUGUGGUUGUUCUAUAGAGUCAGGGAUAGUGACUGGGUUGUUCUAUAGAGUCAGGGAUAGUGACUCUGGUUGUUCUAUAGAGUCAGGGAUAGUGACUGGUUGUUCUAUAGAGUCAGGGAUAGUGACUGUGGUUGUUCUAUAGAGUCAGGGAUAGUGACUGUGGUUGUUCUAUAGAGUCAGGGAUAGUGACUGUGGUUGUUCUAUAGAGUCAGGGAUAGUGACUGUGGUUUGUUCUAUAGAGUCAGGGAUAGUGACUGGUUGUUCUAUAGAGUCAGGGAUAGUGACUGUGGUUGUUCUAUAGAGUCAGGGAUAGUGACUUGGUUGUUCUAUAGAGUCAGGGAUAGUGACUGUGGUUGUUCUAUAGAGUCAGGGAUAGUGACUGGUUGUUCUAAAGAGUCAGGGAUAGUGACUGUGGUUGUUCUAUAGAGUCAGGGAUAGUGACUGUGGUUGUUCUAUAGAGUCAGGGAUAGUGACUGGUUGUUUAUAGAGUCAGGGAUAGUGACUGGUUGUUCUAUAGAGUCAGGGAUAGUGACUGGUUGUUGUAUAGAGUCAGGGAUAGUGACUGGUUGUUCUUAUAGAGUCAGGUAGUGACUCUGGUUGUUCUAUAGAGUCAGGGAUAGUGACUGUGGUUGUUCUAUAGAGUCAGGGAUAGUGACUGUGGUUGUUCUAUAGAGUCAGGGAUAGUGACUGGUUGUUGUGUUAUAGAGUCAGGGAUAGUGACUGUGGUUGUUCUAUAGAGUCAGGUAUAGUGACUGGUUGCUUUCUAUAGAGUCCGGGGAUAGUGCCUGUGGUUGUUCUAUAGAGUCAGGGAGAGUGACUGGUUGUUCUAUAGAGUCAGGGAUAGUGACCUGGUUUGUUCUAUAGAGUCAGGGAUAGUGACUGUGGUUUGUUCUAUAGAGUCAGGGAUAUGACUUGGUUGUUGUUAGAGUCGGGAUAGUGACUUGGUGUUUAUAGAGUCAGGGAUAGUGACUCUGGUUGUUCUAUAGAGUCAGGGAUAGUGACUGGUUGUUCUAUAGAGUCAGGGAUAGUGACUGUGGUUGUUCUAUGAGUCAGGGAUAGUGACUCUGGUUGUUCUAUAGAGUCAGGGAUAGUGACUUGGUUGUUCUAUGAGAGUCAGGGAUAGUGAUCUGUGUUGUUCUAUAGACAGGGAAGUGAUGGUUGUUUAUAGGAGGGAUAGGGGACGGGUUGUUUUUCUUGGGGCAGGGAUAGUGACUGGUUGUUUAAGAGUCGGGAUAGUGACGGUUUGUUCUAAGAGUCAGGGAUAGUGACUGUGGUUGUUUAUAGGCGGGGGAAGUGACUGUGGUUUUCAUAGAGUCGGGGGAUAGUGCCCUUGGUUUUUUAUGGGUCGGGGAUAGUGACUCGGUUUUCUAUAGAGAGGGAUGGAUGUGGGUUUCUAUAGAGUCAGGGUAGUGACUGGGUUUUUUUUCUAUGGUCAGGGAUAGUGACUGGUGGUUCUUAGAGUCAGGGAAGUGACUGGUUUUUCUAAGAGUCAGGGAUAGUACUGGUGUUUAUAGAGUCGGGGAUAGUGACGGUUUGUUCUUAGAGUCAGGGAUAGUGACGGGGUUGUUCUAUAGAGCGGGGUGGGGACGGGGUUGUUCUAUAAGUCAGGGAUAGUGACUUGGUGGUUCUAUGGUCAGGGAUAGUGAGGGUUUGUUUUUAUAGAGUCAGGGAUAGUGACUGGGUUUUUUCUUAGGUAGGGAUAGUGAGGGUUUGUUCUAUAGAGUCGGGGAUAGUGACUGUGGUUUUUCUAUGAGUCAGGGAUUGACUGGGGUUUUUCUAUAGAGUCAGGAUAGGACUGGUUGUUCUAUAGGGGCAGGGAUAGUGAGGUUGUUUAUAGGCAGGGAUAGUGACGGGGUUGUUUUUAGAGUCAGGAUAGUGACUGGUUGUUCUAUAGAGUCGGGGGGAUAGUGACUUGGUUGUUCUAAGAGUCGGGGGGAUGGAUGGUUUUUUAUGAGUCGGGGAUGGGACUGGGUUUUUAUGAGUCGGGGUAGUGAUGGUUGUUUUUAUAGAGUCAGGGAUAGUGACUGUGGUUGUUCUAUAGAGUCAGGGAUAGUGACUGGUUGUUCUAUAGAGUCAGGGAUAGUGACUGUGGUUGUUCUAUAGAGUCAGGGAUAGUGACUCUGGUUGUUCUAUAGAGUCAGGGAUAGUGACUGGUUGUUCUAUAGAGUCGGGAUAGUGACUGGGUUGUUUUAUAGAGUCAGGGAUAGUGAUUGGGGUUGUUUAUAGAUCGGGGAUAGGGAUUUGGUUUGGGGUUUUAUAGAGUCAGGGAAGGAUUUUUCUAUGAGUCGGGGAUAGUCCCGGGUUGUUCUUAGGUCAGGGAUAGUGACUGGGUUUGUUCUUUGAGUCAGGGAAGGCCCUUUUUUUGUUUAUAGAGUCAGGGAUAGGACUCGGUUUGUUUUAUAGAGUAGGGUAGGAGGUUGUUCAUAGGUCAGGGAUGUGACGGUUGUUUUUUAUAGAGUCAGGGAUAGUGAUGGUUUUCUAUAGAGUCAGGGAUAGUGACUGGUUGUUUAUAGGUCGGAAGUGACGGUUGUGUUAUAGAGUCAGGGAUAGUGACUGGUUGUUUAUAGAGCCCGGGAUAGUGACUGGUUGGGGGUUUAUAGAGUCGGGAUAGUGAUGGUUGUUUAUAGGUAGGGAAAAAGGGGGAUCUGGUUUUUUAUAGGUAAGGAUAGUGACGGGUUUUGUUUAUAGGUCAGGGAUAGUGAGGUUUUUGUGUUAUAGAGCAGGGAUAGUGAUUGGUUUGUUCUAUAGAGUGGGGGAUAUGAUGGUUGUUUAUGAGCAAAUGUGAGGGUUGUGUGUUUAGGUCGGGUAGUGAGGGUUGUUCUAUGGAAAGAUAGUGACGGUUUGUUGUGUUAUAAAAGUCAGGGAUAGUGAUGGUUGUGUGUUAUGAGUAGGGUUUAGUGACUGGUGUUGUGUUAUAGAGUCAGGGAUAGGAGGUUGUUGGUUAAGAGUAGGGAUAGGACUGGUUUUCUAUUUAAUAAAUAUACGGUUUUUUUUGUGUUUAAGGAAAGGGUUUUUAGUAAAUGGUUUUUUUUUUUUUUUUUGUGUUUAUAAUCAGGGAUAUAAACUGGUUUUUUUUCUAUAAGUCAAUAGGGGGAAUGGUUUUGUUUUUAGAACCCCCCCCCUUUAUUGUUCUUGGGGGUUUACUUUUUUUAUAGAGUCAGGGAUAGUGACUGGUUGUUGUGUUAUAGAGUCAGGGAUAGUGACUGGUUGUUCUAUAGAGUCAGGGAUAGUGACUGGUUGUUGUGUUAUAGAGUCAGGGAUAGUGACUGGUUGUUGUGUUAUAGAGUCAGGGAUAGUGACUGGUUGUUGUGUUAUAGAGUCAGGGAUAGUGACUGGUUGUUGUGUUAUAGAGUCAGGGAUAGUGACUGGUUGUUCUAUAGAGUCAGGGAUAGUGACUGGUUGUUGUGUUAUAGAGUCAGGGAUAGUGACUGGUUGUUGUGUUAUAGAGUCAGGGAUAGUGACUGGUGUGUUGUUUAUAGAGUCAGGGAUAGUGACUGGUUGUUCUAUAGAGUCAGGGAUAGUGACUGGUUGUUGUGUUAUAGAGUCAGGGAUAGUGACUGUGGUUGUUGUGUUAUAGUGUCCGCUGGGAUGCUGGUCUACGCAGCGGUGGGAGCUGCCUCUGCUGCUGGCCUGUUACUACUGCUGGGACUGGGUAUGCUGGUCAGAAAGCAGCUCAGCAAGCAUGGUAAGAGAAGUGGAUUAAAGACUUGUAUUCCAUAUUGUAUGUUUAACCUCGUCACCAGGCUAUGGCACCAGAGCUUGGAGAGGAAGUUUCUUGUGUGGGAGACUAUUUUAAACUCGCCAGCUUUCUUUAAUCUAUAAUGUCUGACUGUGUUAGGCUUAUAGAAGUAGUAGUACUAUUGUAAUAGUAUACAAGUAUACUGAAAGUAUAGUAUAAGCCUGUUGCUUAAUAAUAACCCCUGUUUCUGGUCCUUCACAGGUAGCGUCAACAUUUAUAACUCGUUAUGGGAAAGAGAAAAUCCUGCUUUUGAGAAUUCUUAA